AUGACUGAGGCGCAAGCAACACAAGUCGCCAACUUCUGGCCCGCGCUGAUUGGGAACUACACCAAGACGCUCGCCCAGGAAAUUCUGGCUGAGAACUAUACCGAUUACUCGGAAUCGGCGCUCUCUCUCAACCAAGUCUGCCCCCAGGUCUCGGGGGCUGCGCCACCACUUACCGCCCCCGUCUUCACCAGUCGUCAGCAGUUCGAAGAAGGCCAGGGUUCCCAGCCUGCAAUCGACUCCCAAGUCUUGAACAUCUGGCCGGCUUGUACGACCGUGACUCUACGUUACAACAUGACCAACCUUGGGACUCGGCCCGUCAUUACCGUGGUCGUGAUUGAAGCCAUCGAGGCCCCGAGUUCCAACAAAUACCCAUGGAUCAUUAGUGAUACGUUUUCCGAGUUCGACAGCGAGGCCUGGAUCCAGAACUUGAAAGACGCCAACAAGUGCUAG